GGCCAGUUUAACAGAUUAUAAAAGUGAUCCAUCGCAUACACUUUGGUUUCCCGGAAAAGGAUGUGGAUGAAAUGAUAAAAUUAGCUUUGCCAUGAUGUAGAGAUUGUAUGUAGACACCAGUAAUGGUGGUAUCGCAGUAGGCGACUCGAAUUUGUGGGGCAGUUUUCACACCUAACCUUUUGAAGAAAAAUCAUAAUCAUGAUUCAAGAGCAGUGCCCUUCUCCAAGUAAAAUUCUGGACGUUUCGGAACCCAGAGAGUUACCGAGAAAGAAAGUUCCCCUAACCGACGCUCUGCUGAGUGGUGGAGAAUCGAGUGCCUUGCUUUCGGUUUGCCCCUCGGAUGUUCGGGCGCUGGAAAUGCGAGUCCAAGAUCUAGAGGAUCAGAUGGCCAGGCUGCUCUCCGGAAGCGGGGAUGACAAGAUUCAUGAGUAUAACGAGCAGCAGAUCCGGAAGUAUAUCCUAAACAAAGAAGAUUCUCCGUCGGAAAUGAAUCAAUCUUUUAGUAAAUUUUGCGGCAGUGCUAAGAAACGGGAAAUGUCUAAACAGGAAAGUCUCCACACUAAUAUGGACCGUGCAGCAACCGAGGCUCGGGUUCGGGAAGCUAAUUUGUGGCGCUUGUGGAAACUAGGCCGUAUUCAAGACUUGAUAUUGAACGGGGAAGAUCCACGGCGUUUCGAGUUAGCUGAACAGGCUCAAGCCAAUGCCAGAUGCCCGCUGGUUCAGGGAGGAAUAUAAAUCCUUUGCGGAAAACAUGACUUGUAUUUAGAGUGUUAAAAUUAUUGAAAUGUAAUGAAAACAUAGUAAUUUAUA